GAACUGUUUGAUUUUGUUGAUUUGAACCGCUGUUUCUUUGUUUUACUGAUGCAAUUGGUCUUCAUCAUCUCCAUUAUUGGAAAAUUGGGCUGUUUAAUGUCGAUGGAAACUUAGAAUAUCAUCGCGAGCGUCCCAACAGUAACAGACGACGACGACGACGACGACGACGACGACGACGAAGAAGAAGAGAAAGGAGGAGUAUGAUGAUGUCUCUUUGGUAACGAUCUUCUUUGACUGUUCUAAGUUGCAUUGGUUUCGAAUUUGGCGAGUAAAGCUUGCUGAGUAAGAUUCACUGCGCAGAGUGAUCCCCAACGAUCGUCCCCGGCCAGAAAGAAGAAGGUUUUCUGCAUACUGUAUUGAGUGUCAAUGGAAACAUAGAAUAUCAUCGCGAGCGUCCCAACAGUAACAGCAGACGACGACAACGAAGAAGAAGAAGAAGAGAAAGGAGGAGUGUGUUGACGUCUCUUUGGUAAUGAUCUUCUUUGAGAGUUCUAAGUUGCAUUUGUUACGCUUCUCCAACAGUAACAGAGUUGUGGUAUACUGAGAGCGAUCCUCAGGGAGGGCAGCGCGCUUGAGUAGUUUCAACUCAUUUUCAUCAUCUUUCGCUCACUUAAACGCCUAAUCUUUCGCUUUCCUCCUUUGAUACUUGCGCACUCUGGGGUUUCACUGCAAAAUUCGAAGGUGAAAUCUGUUGAUGCCGGAAAUAUGGAGAUCGCCGGUCAAAUUUUCCCGGAAAUACAGUGCCCUUGCAGGGCUGGAGCUUGCAUUGUUAAGACAUCAUGGACGGAGAGAAAUCCUGGGAGGAAGUUCUAUAGUUGCCCUGGCGAUGGCAUGCAAGGCAGAAGAUGCAAUUUUUUCAAGUGGUGUGACAUUGCAAGCCCAUUGAAGAGGGUGGAAUCUGGCACUGAACCUAUGGAUAUCGACGGUCAAAGUUCCCCGGAGAUGCAGUGCACUUGUGGGCUUGGAGCUUGCAUUGUUCAAAUAUCAUGGACGGAGAAAAAUCCUGGGAGAAAGUUCUAUUGUUGCCCUGGCAUACAAGGCAGAAGAUGCGGAUUUUUCAUGUGGUGUGACAUUGGAAGCCCAGUGAAGAGGGUGAUUCUUGAGUCUGAGAGUGCUGAAUUAAGCACCAUCCAACCAAUGGUAAACCCAUGCCAGGCACAACUGGGUGAUCCCCGGGGCAACCCUGUGAACCAUCAAUCUCCUCCGGUAGCACAGAAGGAUAUGUGUUUUAAUUGUAAAGAAUUUGGUCAUUGGGCUAGAGACUGCUCUGAGAAAUCUAAGAUUAAGAAAGAGGUGCCUGCUGUCAAAUCUUUUGAUGCUCAAUAUUUUCCUGAGAUAGAGUGCCGUUGUGGUGCGGGAAGUUGCAUCCUUUUGACAGCUGGAACUGAGAAAAAUCGUGGGAGAAAAUUUUAUAAGUGUCCUGGUAAAGAUGACAAAAAUUGUCACUUUUUUGAGUGGUAUGACAGUGGGAAAGUUUAUCAAAACUGUGAUGUUCCUCAAUCUUCAAGAACUAUGUGCUCUUGUGGUGCUGGAAUAUGCCGUAUAGAAAUAGUAAAAGAUGGGAAAGAUGUGGGUCGGAAAGUCUUUGUUUGCCCAAUUAAAAAGGGGCAGGGUGCUUGCAGUUUCUACCAAUUGCUGGAUUCUUCUGGAAAGACUGCAAGUUCUAUCUGUUUGGAGGAAACCAAUGUUUUCAGUCCGCGAUCAGUGCCAAAUGCUCAGGAAGCUAAUAAUGCAAUCAAAGAACUGGGAGGUAGUAAACAAGAGGCAAUGUUACCCUCUGGUUUGCCAAAAAAACCUUUGUUUGAAGAAUGUGAUACAAAAGUGGAAACAGAUAGAUUGGGUUCUGGGCUUCUCAAUUCUUAUUUUCUGCCAGUGGAAAGUCUGAGGUUGAAUAAAUGUAGCAGUGCUGAAUCUGGUGCCGAACUUGAGGAAAGUAUCCAGUCUGGCAAAGAAAAGCAGAGUCAGAAGGAUCACACUGGAUCACCUGGGGCUUCCUUCUUCAUGCGGGUAAAGCUCCCUUGUAUUCUUGAGUUUGAUGGUGCUUCAAAAGGAAAUCCAGGGCAAGCUGGUGCUGGAGCUGUAAUACGAGCUGAAGAUGGAAUAGUCGUAUGUCGACUGCGUGAAGGGGUGGGCAUUGCUACCAAUAACGUUGCUGAGUAUCGAGCUUUGAUUUUGGGAUUGAAAUAUGCACUUGAGAAAGGGUUUACGCAAAUUCGUGCCCAAGGUGACUCCCAACUGGUUUGUAAGCAGGUUGAGGGUGUAUGGAAAACCAAGGACUCAAACAUGAUCCAGUUAUGUAAUGAGGCCAAGGAGCUAAAGGAUAAGUUUUCAUCUUUCCAAAUCUAUUAUAUUGCCCGGGAUUUGGUGACGAAAAUGAUUAUUAUUAGUGGGCGUGAGGGGAAAGGGCUCUACCUACUUGAACCUCAAUCACCUUUUUUGGCUACAGCUCAGUCCUAUGUGUGUGGACGUACUGAUGGAUGCUAAUUGGGAAGCUGAUGCACAAGCAAACUUGGCUGUACACCUUGCCGAUGGUGAAGUUCAAGAGGUGUGUGACAACUAGCUGGACUAAUGAAAGGCGGCUUUGAGAUAUUUAGAACAGUUUAUGUAACAGAAUACAUGCAGUAGACGCAUAUGAUCCUGUAUUUUGUUCUCAGCCUAAACUAACCUUAUUGUAGGAUACAGAUGUGCUAAACAAACCUAAGCAGUUUACAUUUCUAUUGUUGUCUUUCUUCGCGAAAGCUUCAUACAGGUGAUGUUUUGUAUAAUCCUCCUGUUCUUGAUUUUUGUGAGUCUGCUGAUUGAUUUGUGUGUGAAGGACAACAUAGUUGACUCUGCCAAAUGUGUAUAAUUAGGAAUGUCAUCAACAAUGUUGGCUA